AACCCGCAACAUGUCAGAAUCGAAGUCACUGAUAAGAUGGAACAUCGUUCGCAAAGCGACCAAUGGCCUCUACUACCUGGAGUAUCUGGAAGUCGAACCUGAAUCUUCAGGAGCAGCGGUCUUCGCCAAACUUCAACAGCUCUGCUUACUUCCAGCCAAUACUCUGCACACAAAGGGAUUGGCUCUCUUGAAUUCUCCAGUCGUGUAUACAGUUACUGCGAUCAAGGCAAGCAGCCUGCGUUCUCAGCAUAUGCCCAUGCUAACUCGCGCAAAGGGACGUACAUCGACUGACAGCAACGACAUCGAGACUCAAAUAUUUAUUCACGAGGUCUUCGUCAAGAAUCGGCGUUACAGCGAAGCAUAUACCUUGGCGCUUCGAAAUCCAGCCGUACUCAAAGACACCCCAAACUUCUUGGUCAAUCGUGCACAACUCUGUGCGAACAGCCCUGAUCAGGUUGUGCACGCCCUUCUGGUGGUACAAGAGGUCCGACACGCCAAAAUCGUCGUCAUUUUUGGGUCAUUGGCUCUUUCGUCGGUCGUGAUUGGUAUUGCAACUGGAAAGCUGAGCGGGGAUGCAAAUAUUGGGUUGAGUCGACGAGGACAUAUAAUCCCAGCCGCCCGCCACAAUCUAUACCGCGAACGAUUCCAGUAUUGUCCUCAAAAGCCUCACAUCGGUCCAUGGCGAUGUCCCAGCAUGAUUCUCCAAAAUGCCGCCACCGGCGUCACGAUAGCUGUCCGUAGGGAAAUUGUUUCAGAGUGGACUCGAGGGCAAGAGAAGCGGCACAAUGAGGUUGAAAGCGUCGUCAGCCGAGAGGGGAAAAGUGGUGGUCAGCGCAAGGGGUCCCUUGGUCUCGGCAGGCUGAAGAGGGCCCAAGGUUUUGCGGAGAGACUUUUAGCGUCGCGACAGUUGCAACUUCCAAACAGGACAGGGCGAUAUGGUGUAAUUCUGGAUGCCGGAUCAUCUGGCACCCGAGUGCAUAUAUACCGAUGGCUCAAUGCCCAGCGAGCCCGCAAGGAAGCCACUGACCUCGAGCUCAAGAGCCUGCCCACCUUGGUGACCAAGAAGAAGUGGACGCUCAAGAUCAAGCCCGGAGUCUCGACCUUCGGAGACAAGCCAGAACUCGUCGGCCCUGACCACCUCAAGCAGCUCGUCGACCACGCCCUCGAGUACAUUCCCGACGACCAAGUCCAAGACACGCCCAUCUUCCUGCUCGCCACAGCUGGCAUGCGCCUACUCCCCGAUGUCCAGCGAACCCAAGUCCUCGACAACAUCUGCUCCUACCUGCAACGAAAUACAAAAUUCCAGCUGCCCGACUGCGCCCUACACAUUCAGGUCAUUCCUGGCGAAACAGAAGGACUAUACGGAUGGAUUGCUGCAAACUACUUGCUCGGCGCAUUUGACGCUGACGCUACCCAAGCACACCACCAUGGCAAGGACCACCACACGUACGGUUUUCUGGACAUGGGCGGCGCUUCUGCCCAGAUUGCCUUUGCUCCCAAUGCCACCGAGGCCGAGAAACACGCCGAAGACUUGAAGUUACUACGCAUGCGCAAGGUCAACGGCGACCCCAUCGAGUACAAGGUCUUUGUUACCACUUGGCUGGGCUACGGUGUCAACGAGGCCCGUAGACGCUACAUCGACUCGCUAACGACAGCAAGUCCUGGAAUCGCCGAGCUGCCUGACCCCUGUCUUCCUACUGGUCUGGAAGUCACCAAGUCAGGACACGCCAUCUCCUCCAAUCCUCACGAGGCUGCUGGAAAAGAGACAUACCUGCUGGGAACAGGCAAGUUCCCCGAGUGUCUAUCAAGAACAUACCCCUUGCUGGACAAGGAUGCGCCAUGUCUGGAUCCUCCCUGUCUGCUUCACGGUGUACACGUCCCUGCAAUUGACUUUGAUGUUAAUCAUUUCGUUGGUGUCUCCGAAUACUGGCACACGACUCACGAGAUUUUCGAAAUGGCUCACAAAGACAAGGCUUACGACUUCAACACCUACCAACAACGCGUUCUGGAGUUUUGCAGUCAGGACUGGAAGUCAAUACAAAAGGGUGUCAAAGAGCAGAAAUGGGGUGAGAAGGUUACAGAGGAGAAGGUUGCCGAGGUCUGUUUCAAGGCCAGUUGGAUGAUCAACAUGCUGCACGAUGGUAUUGGCAUUCCCAGAGUCGGUCUCGAAGCUACAAAAGGCGGUCACAAUGGCACAAAGGCUGUGAUUGAUGGUGCGAAAGAGAAGGGCUUCCUGGAUCCAUUCCAAGCCGUCAAUAAGAUCAACGAUGUCGAAGUCAGCUGGACGUUAGGAAAGAUGAUCUUGUACGCUGCUUCACAAGUCCCCGGCCCGGAUGACAAAGCACUGGCAGUCGGAUUCGGAAGCAACCUUCCUGGACCCAACCUCCCCAAGGACUUUCAAUUCGCUGGUGGUAGUUCCAAUCCCUUGCCAGCUGACCUAGAAGACGACGACGUCGACUGGCACGACAAACUCUUCACCUCAAGCUCCUCUCGCAGACUACCUGGUUUCCUACUAUUCCUAGUCAUUCUCCUGGUUGCCGCAUUCCUCCUCUGCGGCCGCGAAAGACGCAACUCCCUUCUCCGAAAAGCAGGCUUCUCACCAGGCAAAGGCAGUAAACGUAGGCCCAACGCUGUGACCACCAGCAUAGGCAAACUUUUUGGCACCAAUAAUUCUGGCCCUGCAUACGAGCGCGUGCUAGAAGGUGGCAUUGGCCCCGACCCCUCGGACUUUGAACUCGACGACAUGAAUGGCAAUGACUCUGAUUCGGACAAUAGCAAUGGCCGCACUUCUGGCUGGGCGACCCCCAAGGCCAACAACAAUGGCUUUAGCAGUCCUGUCUUGCACUCUUCACCACGUUCUGCGCGGGUGAACCUUCAUAACCAAGGAUCGCAACCCUCAGCGGGAUACUUUGAUGGCCCAGCCACUCAUGCAUCGAGUACUUUAUCUCUUGGUACUACGCCGGGCUUACAACUGCCUCACGGCGGUAGAGGAGGUUUGCUGGCCAGGACGGAAAGCAGAGAGCAAUUGGCUACUGCGACGCUGAGGUCUGGGAGCAGGAGUCGGGCGGCUAGUCCUAGUCGGAUAAGAAGUCCGCUUAUGACGCCUUUGAGGGAGGCC